AUGCAGAACAGGAUAAACUGCGGUCGGGAGAAGGAAACAGAGCUGAAAUACAUGCCCAUUUAUAUCCUGGACCUCCCUGGCCACUGGCAAAGAGGGGGAGAAAACAUCGUGCCCUUGCCAGCGGAUUUUCCACGCCUUCAGGUCAGGCCAUGCAUCGCCGAAUUCCUGCGGACAGGGUGCCGUCCGCCUGAGCUGCGUCUCCGCGUAGAGCGCGUUAUCGAGGUGCCUGUCGCCAUUCCACUACACACGCACGACGAGGGCGAGGAGGAUCAAGGCGGAAGACCCGAGGCCACGGCCUUGUACAAGGCGUAUAGGAUGUUCCUGAGCGAUGGAGAGCACACCAUCCAGGCGCUGCUCAAGAGUCAGCUACAUGCCCUCGUCUCGCACACGGACGAGUUGGCACCCGGGACGGUGCUGGAUAUCGAGGACUACGAGCUGCGGGCGGCGAACCGGGUCGUCUCCGGAGGAGGAUCUCGACAGAGCCCGGGGACGGUCGUCUUCCUGGCAGUGGGGAGAUAUUCACCGGUGGAACCCGGUACGCCGGACCACAGUGGAAGCCUCCUUCAGCAGGGGGAGGACUUUGCAACCGGACGUUUCGACAGGGACGAUGGCUUGUCGACACGUCCAGAGAAGAGACAGAGGACAGCGUCGGUGGCCGCGGAUGAGGCCUCUCCUGCCCGUACCAGCUCGCAGCGAGACCGUUCCGAAGCAAGGACGGGCAAUGCUGCAAACACACCGAUACCUCACGAUACCCCCGGUGCAGCGAGCAGCCAUCUGCCUCCAAAACACAUCGUCGAACCCUCCCGCAAAAUACUCGCCUUGUCAGACCUUCUCUUCCCUCUCACUCCCUUCCCCAGGCGGAACCAUAUCUGUAACGUCAUCGCGGUGGUAUCGUGGAUAUCCCCCGAAGUAAUAAAACGAACGUACAUGCCGCCGAAAAGGGAUCUUCGUCUUAUCGAUCCCUCGAUAGUCGACACCAUAGACCAGCGCCGGUCUUCUACCGCUCCCUCCUCGUUACCGUCUUCGCUGCCGCCCAGCCGGACGGCAAACGGGACCCUGGGGAUCUCGAUGAGUGUCUUUGUAGAUGCAGCCAAGUUUCACCCGCCGGUCGGCACCGUGGCGUUGUUUCGAGGCUUGAAAACGCAUGAAUGGGACGGCAUCAGUUUGAAUGCGUACGAGAAGGACUGCAGAAAUAAAGAAUGGUUUGUUACCGAUCCAGCUAGACUAGCUAUGUUAGGCGUUGACGCUUCCGCCUUGAAGACGUGGUGGCUAGAAACCCAGAAGAGAUGGGAGGACGCCAGGAAGAUAUGA